GUGUUGUUGUCCCUGCUGCCCACGCCUCCACUGCCACCGUGGACCGACUGACAGCAGCCGGGAUGACACCGUGGAUAACACACACACACACACACACACACACACACACACACACACACACACACACACACACACACACACACACACACACACUAUAAAGCCCCAGACCGACGCCGAUGGAGACACACCGAGCUGAAACCUUCUAGCUGAGCGAUGGGAGUCAUCAUCUCACACAUCUUCUCCAGGUUCUCCUCCAGGACCCCUGUCAGGAUCCUAAUGGUGGGUCUGGAUGCAGCAGGUAAAACCACUCUGCUGUACAGACUGAAGCUGGCCGAGGUCGUCUCAACCAUCCCAACCAUCGGCUUUAAUGUAGAGACAGUGGAGUAUAAGAACAUUAGUUUCACCGUGUGGGACGUUGGUGGUCAGCACAUCAUCAGACCUCUGUGGAGACAUUACUUCACUAAUACACAGGGCAUGAUAUUUGUGGUCGACAGCAACGACCCCGAGAGGAUUAAAGAAGCCGUUGACGAGCUGCACAAGAUGUUGGAGGAGGACGAGUUGAGGGGCGUGGCCUUACUGGUGUUUGCUAACAAACAGGAUUUGCCCAGAGCCAUGUCCGUCAGUGACAUCACCGAGGCCCUGGGCCUAUCAGGAGUCUCGCAGCCGUGGUCUGUCCAGGCGUCCUGUGCGGUCAGCGGUACAGGUCUGGUCGAGGGUCUGGACUGGCUCUCCGACCAGAUCCUGAACAGUAGACGCUGACGUGAUCUGCAGUCGGCUCUGAGCUGAGCCGAGCCAGAGAAUCCAGGAAGAACACGAGGGACUCCUUGUACAGCUCUGACUUGUUAAACAUGGAGCUGAAACCUCCGUCUCAAACUUUGAAAAGCUGUAAUCAUUUUGGAUUUUGUUUCAUCAAACUGCAGUUACACCACAGUGAAAACAACGUUAAUACCUGUGGCUAAAAGCCUUCCUACAUGUCCCGUUUGCUUUAAGAUUUGACUUUACGAGGCAGGCGUUCUCGUCUUUUUAUCGUUUCUCACAGAUUCGUGGCCGUGGAGUGUUUCAUCGCUAAAAUCGAAGCGGUAAAAUGCUCCUCAGGAGUGACCACGGAUUCAAAAAUAAUAAUUAAAAAUGAAUAUUGUGUGACUGAAGUAUCUGGUGAUGUUAGAUACUUUAGUUUUUAGGCAACCAGGUGCAAUAUUUCCAUGGAAAACUAAUUUAACGGCACUGAGGUUCUUCAUAUUUCCAUCGGUUUGACAGUUACUAUACCCCAGACUUUAACGGGGCCGUAGGUAGGAUUGUGCAGAUCCAGGAUUUAGCCAAAACAAUUGAACUUCUCAGUCCCUCCCCCCUUUCUGCUAAAGCCCAAAACCGUCUCUUAAGCCCCCCCCCCCCCCCACCCGAGGGAAAAUCCAUGCGUGUGCCUGAGCAAUGAUUGACACGCAGUUAGUUUUACCUACUGCACCUUUAAUAGUGAUUUUUAUGUGUAAUGUCUGGCUGGUUUUGUUCUUAAAGGCAUGUUGUACGCUGUGUUGCUUGGGCAAUCAGUUCAGUAAUUUCUGUAAUAUUAUGGCCUAUUCUGUUUUUCCAUAUGCAUUAUAAUAAUACAUCUCUAUGAAAAUGUAUAUAUAUAUUCUAAUUGUUUUUAUAUUUACUCUGUAAUGAAGUUGCUAGGGUGAUCAUUGUUGUGUUGCUUGGGUAUUCAGGCAUUUCUGUAAUAUUAUUGCC